ACGAUAGGUGAUGAGGAUAAGAUGUGGGGAUUUGUCCAACUCAAAGGAUUUAUUCAGCAUGAAACACAGACAAAUUUAUAUUUUCCCAUAAAAAAAUAAAUAAAAGUUUUUUGUUUUUCGUACACAAAGAGAAGCCACAAUCUGAGGAUCUUUUAAACAUCAGGAAUUGUGUGGAAGCACUGGUUAUGAAGUUACACUUGCUUACAAGAGCGAAAAAACAACAAGGAAUAAUGAGAAAUUAAAUGAAUGAAUUGAGGAAACCCUCAGGUUUGAGUUGAAGCCAGCAGUGUGAAAAGACAGAGAAAAAACACAGAUGAGCGGGACCUCGUCUGUUACAUGACCACUCCAAAGUCUGAUUCAGUUUGGAGGUUAAAACUUCAUGGUCUCAAAGAUAACGUUUAGACGUAGGGCAACAUUUCUUUAGACGUGAACUCUUUGGAAACCAUUUUGCUCAAUAAAUUGGAUGUUUGCAAGCAGAUGGGAAUGUGUCGCUUGAGUUGAUCCUACCACCACCCUCCAAUCGGAAGGGACCCUGUUACAAUGCUGGCCAAGCCCCCGGAAAAAGAGAAAGCACAAGUUCCCACAGCAGCACGGCUAGCCAUAGCAUCAUGUCCCAGCAAGAAGCUUCCCUGCUGGAGCUCACCCUAACAUGGAGCGAGGAUGGGACCUUCCCCCAGUCCGGACAACAACUCCGUUGGGCUGCAUUGCUCAUCAUUCUGGUCAUUAUUCCCACCAUUGGUGGAAACAUCCUGGUCAUUCUGGCAGUGUCCUUCGAGAGAAAACUCCAAAACGCCACUAACUUCUUCCUGAUGUCUCUGGCAGUGGCCGAUCUACUGGUGGGAUUUCUAGUAAUGCCAAUCGCUCUGGUGACUGUGCUUUUUCACUCUAGAUGGCCCCUUCCAGAGUUCCUGUGCCCUAUCUGGUUGUUUCUGGAUGUCUUGUUCUCAACAGCCUCCAUCAUGCACCUGUGCGCCAUCUCCUUGGAUCGCUACAUAGCAAUCAAGAAACCCAUCCAUCACAGCCAGUUCAAGUCCAGAGCCAAAGUGCUGGCUAAGAUAGCACUUGUCUGGCUGAUCUCUGUAGGUAUUGCAAUACCUAUUCCAAUCAAAGGGCUACAAGUCUUGGAUCAUCCAAACAACAUCACCUUCAACAACAACCACACCUGUUUGUUAUCCCCAGAGGGUUUUGGGGAUUUCAAGGUGUUUGGAUCAUUGACUGCUUUCUUUAUACCCCUUGCAAUUAUGAUGAUUAUCAACCUGCUGACAAUCCAAGUACUGCGUAAGAAGGCCUACCUUUUGAGGUCAGGAACAUCAAGGCCCACGAUCUCUACCGUUUUCCAACAGGAAUUGCCAGUGACCUCUCCACCUGAAGAACUGGCCAUUCUAGAUGGAAUUAGAAUGGACCGGACAUUAAACUCCGUUAACCCCUUCACGGGGGAUGGGGUCCCAAUCCGCAGAAUGUCCACCAUAGGAAAGAGGUCCAUGCAAAACUUGAGCAAUGAACAAAGGGCAUCAAAGGUCCUGGGGAUUGUAUUCAUGUUAUUUGUUGUGAUGUGGUGUCCUUUCUUCAUUACUAACGUAACUUCUGUACUCUGUGAAGGGUGCAACAGUCAUCUAGUGGAACAGUUGUUGGAUAUCUUUCAAUGGGUGGGCUACAUUUCAUCGGGCAUAAACCCAUUGGUUUAUACCUUGUUCAACAGGACAUUCCGGGAAGCCUUUAAGCGCUACAUCACAUGCAACUAUAGAAGUGCAAGUACUCCAAAAAUGCAGCGAAGGACCAAAAUUUCUUUUCGGCCAUCCAUGGCAGAAAACUCAAAAAGGUUUAUGAAACAUGGUAUGAAGAACGGGAUUAGCCCUGUGAAUUACCAAAGUCCUCUUCGGUGUCGCCCAUUGCACCUACAGUCUUCUGCCAACAUUACGUUGGACACAUUGCUCUUGAAGGAGAACGAAGACUGCAAGCCUGAUGAAAACAUCAGCUAUGUGUAGCAUGUCUCAUACACAUCGGACAAGAACUCUUUGAAUGGCAGGUUAUUCAGAUGGAGAUUUCUAAUUUUCUGACAGUCCACCAGAGCAAAAAGUCCUCACGAAAACCAUAUGUGGCCAAAAAGGAGUGUAAAGAGGUUGUGCAUUUGUUUCUCAUUGCAGCCAAUACUGCAGAUUCAUUGUGAUGCCUCGGGCUGGGGGAUGGAAUGGCAUAAGAUAGAUGCCGAAGCGUCCCGACAGACAUAUUUUUGGACGUGAAAAAUAAAGCCCAUAAUAAACACAUUAGUAUUUACAGAUAGGACCAAGUUGGCACACAUAAAUCCAAAACAGCUGGUCGACAGGGUGUACAAUUUAAAGUCAAAAUAAGACUUCUACUCAUGCAAGAUAAGCACAAGUAUCUCAACUAAAUCACACAUCCACUUACCAUCUGCACUAAAGAACAAAUACAUUUCUCUCUGAAUUACUCAAGGGUUCUUUAAUUAUAUAGACUGUCUAAUAUUGAUUCAAAAUUAAGUUCUUUUAAAAAUGUAAAAAUAAUAAUAUAAUCUGUAGAUUCUGGGAAUGUUUUUGAAGAUGCUUUUGAACUAUUGCCAAAUAAAC